AUGGGGUCUGGCAGCUCCUCUUUGGCCUCCAAAGUGAAGGACGCCAGCGUCACAGAGCUCCAAGGGGUGGUCACGAAUCUGCCGCCCGAAGACCGGGACAAAGUGAAGGCGGCUUUGGACUUGGUGCCCCGUCCUCCAAAGAACUGCCGGCGCAGGGUCAAGUGCGGGGGCAAGACCUUUGCGCCCUUUGGUUUGAGGGAUGACUUUCAACCUCCAGAUCCUGCCAAGACGAAGGAUUUUACUCCCUACCAGCCAGAGGAUGGUUUGCCAGAAAAGGUGGACCUUCGCAAUUUUAUGAGCCCAAUAGAAGAUCAAUCUCAAACCAACAGUUGCUGCGCGAAUGCUGUGGCAGGGGCCUUCGAGUACAUCAACUGCAAGCAUGCUGGGGAAACUGGGGAUACCCGUGGGGAUGUCUCCCGGCUCUUCAUUUACUAUGUUGGCCGGAAGAAGGACAUGGCCGACGAGGGCGCGAUGUGGGGAAAGAAGAAUUCCAAGAGGGCGCCCAAAGACGAAGGGAUGACGAUCCAAGCUGCCAUCAGCGCUAUGCAGGUGAGUGGUGCUUGUUUGGCGGAAUCAUGGCCAUAUGAUCUCGACAAGGUGAAUGAAAAACCGGGUGAGGAGUGCUUCAAAGAGGCCCAGAGGUACAGAGUCCUGGCGGCGGAAAGAGUGCCCAUGGACCUUGAUGCGAUGCGUCAGUGUCUGGCCCGAGGGAACCCGAUCAUCUUUGGGCUCAUGCUCACGGACAGCUUCUUUCGCCCUGGACGAGGCGGCUUCGUCUCAACACCCAACAAGACCGACAAAAGAGCCGCCCAGCAUGGCUUGCAUGCAAUGCUGCUUGUGGGCUACAAUGACCGUCAGCAGGUCUUCAUCGUCCGCAACAGCUGGGGUGAAUCGUGGGGAGACCGUGGCUACGGCUACGUUGGCUAUGACUACAUCGCGAACAUGGACUACAAUUUCCUCCAGCAGUUCACCAUCACUGGCUUGACCAACGCAGACUUCACCCCGGGCCCCGAUGACGGCGAGGACUUCGACAUCACCGACAAUACAGAUGACGUGGUCAUUGAAGAAGAAGAGGAACCCGAGGAGCCAGAUGCAGAUGAUGACUUUGAUUUCUCCGAGAACUUCAAAGGAGAUGAAGUCGUGCGGCAGUUCUUCCUCCAGGAAAAGGGGGUUCUUAGCACGCCCCAGUUCAACCUGGUCUUGUCGCUCUUUAACAGGGGCGAUCGUGAAGAUACCUUUGACGAGUUGGCCGCGUGGGAAUGGGUGGAGGAUGACUCCCAGCAUCCGGGGAAAGUCGAAUGGACUCCAGAGGAUUUCAAUGAAGUCGUCACGAAGUUUGCCAAGAAAAGCCAAAAAGAAUUGUACCCCAACUUGGCAUUCUUGUGGGCCUGA